UGAGGUUAUUCCUUCCUUAAACCUAUCUGAGCAUUGUAUUCAAGCAGAUAAAGUUUCCACAUCAGCCUUUAAUCGCAAUAAAAAAAAUGGAAGCUAAAUCCUCAAAACAGGCUCAUAAUGAGGUUAUUACUAUGACUCUUAAUAAUAGAGAAAUACAAUCAUCUUCAAAUCAGUCAGUAUUAUUUGACUCCACUGAAGAACCACCUGAAAUCAUUAAUUAUGAAUGUUUAUAUAAAAAUUUAUUAAAAGAUCACAACAAAUUAAAAACUGAUUUAAGAAUGCAAGAAAAUGAAUUGAUUUCUGUUAAAAAUUUAAAUAAUACUUUACUCAAGAGUAAUGAAUCACUCAGAUCUAAAAUAAGCGAAAUACAUAAAGAUGUCAAUCUUUUAAGUAUAAUAAUGAUUAAUCAGAAUUCUUUAAUUAAAGAAUUUAAAAAAUCAUCUGUAAAUUUAAUAACCAGAAGUAUCGAAAAUGAAGCAAAGAAAUAUCUAUCAACAGUAUUUUCACAAAACCAAAUUGAUCUAAUAAUGAAAAAAAAGAAAAAAGUACAUUGGUCGAGAGAUGAAAUAUCUAAAGCACUCACUCUCAGAUAUUUCAGCAAGCGUGCAUAUAUUUAUGUCAAAAAUGAAUUAAACUAUCCAUUGCCUGGAAUAUUGUCUCUGCAGCGAUGGGCAAGGAAUAUAGACUUGAGAAAUGGAGUUCUUGGAGAUGUUCCAAUUAACAAUGUAGAACAUUUAGAAGGAAGUGGAAGUAAUACAGAAAGUGACAAUGAAUCUCUACUAGAAAUAGACAAAAAUAAAUAUGAAAAUGAAGAAGAUGCUAUAGAAUACUUGGCAGGUUGGGUGGUCAAAAAAUAUAAUUUACAAUUUCCAGAACUUGGUUUAACUACAACACAAUGUAAUUUAGAAUACCUUCAAGAACAUGAUUAUCGAAUACCAACAUCAAUUCAUAAUUUAUCUUAUGGUAGUUUGAUUGUACCUAGUCAAGAUUUCAAAAAUAAAAUUAAUAGAAUUGAAUGGCUGAUUAAAAAAAUAACAAAAAAUCAAAUUUCUAAAAGGCCUGGAGUUGUAAAAUAUCUAAUUAAUAAAAUUACUCAUCAGAUGGACAUAGAAGAAAAAUAUAAACCUGUAAUUGAAACCUACAUCAAGCAAAGAAUUUUUAUUGGAAUGAGAUACUUAAAACAACAUCAAUAUUUAUUAAUAAAAAAAAGAAAAGCAAAAACACAACUUCUGAAAUUACAAAUACUUAAAAGACUGAUGACAUAGGGAAUUAAGUAUAUUGUACAUAUAAUUUUGCAUUUUUUUUUUUA